AUGGGAGUCAAAGGACUGCAAUAUUUUGUGGAAGCCAAAUGUCCGGAGGCCUGUUACAAAGUCAACAUCCAGAAGCUCGCUGCCGAGUAUCGGAAUGAAACCGGCCGCGAACCCGUCGUCGUCGUGGACGGCAUGUCUUGUCUCAAGCGUUGGUACACGGACUUGGAGUGGAUUUACGGAGGACAAUGGAGAGAGUACGUGUCUCUACUCAAACGGUUCGUGUCGAGUUUCCGCAAAGCCGGGAUCAAGUUGGUGUUCUUCUUUGAUGGGCCGACGCCGGAAGUGAAGCGCCCUCUGUGGGUGCAGCGGAGAGUCCAGGGCGGAAGAGACAUUGAGGAUAUUUUCCGAGCCGUGAAGAAGAUGCACGCGAAGCCCACGGAUCCCAAGAUUUUCCAGUUCCCUGUGUCCAUGGGAAUGAUCACUCGAUUCAUCAUCAAGUACGAGUGCCAGUGCGAAACUUACACGUCAGUGAACGAAUGCGACAUCGAAGUGGCGGAAUACGCUGUUCGUCACGAAUGCUUCGGAAUUUUGGCACAGGACUCGGACUACAUGAUUUUCGACUCCGCUCCUUAUUACCUUUCUAGUCAGUUCCUGAAUAUUGAGUCCCUGGAAACUACGAAUUAUGACAGAGAAGCCUUCGCUUGGCAUCUCGGACUCAAUGUGGAUCAAUUGCCGUUGCUUGCCAGCUUGAUCGGGAACGACGUCGUCAAUUCGCAGGACUUGGUUUUAUUCCAUCGUCGGAUUUGCAAAGAUGCCAAGUUCGUCGGGAAACCCAGAGCCGAGCACAUCGUACCCAAACGGAUCUACGGGGUGUUGUUUUCUGUGCCGCCUGAACCCGUUGUUGACAAGAAGAAUGGCAAGAAUAAGGAGAUGCAUAGUGCUGAUCCGAACCGGAAGCGGAUUCGAGUGGCCGAGUGGUGCGUGUACAAGACGUGUGUGUUGGACGAGGCCGACUACGUUGACGUUUUGCCGCCUCCUGAAAAGUCAAAGUCGAUGGAGGUUCUCUGGUUGGACGAGAGUGAAGAAGUUGGUCAGUGGCGCUGGAAAACCUUUUGCAUUUGCUUGACUCCGAAGCACGAUGGAAAAUCGAAGCCGGUUUUGCACGACUGGGAAGUGAAUGCGUUCGUUGCUCAGGCCGUGUCUCCGAUUGCGAACAAUUUCCAAACCCUGCAUGUCUUGAAGUUGGAGCGGGUCGAUGCGAGACCCAUACACAUGGCGACCAUUUUCAUGAGAGGCGUGUCCAAUGUCUUGUUCCUCCUCGGAGUUUGUAACUACCCUGUUCCUUUGCAAGAGGUACUUCCACACGGGUACUUCGACGGAAAGCUGUUUCACCAUUACUACAUGAAGUCCAAGUUGGGCGCAAAGAUUUCCACAUUGUGUGAGAACAAGGAAGAAGUAAUGGAGCUUUUCUAUAAGCUGAAAAAUGCCAUUUGAAAUCUUUUUUUGUGCCAGAAAUGGGUUUUUCCUUGAUUGGUGUUAUUGUGGACAGUUUCCGAGACAAUCUGUUUCACAAUUUGAAAACUCGAAGGCCAUUUUGCUGAUUUUUCAGUUGAGAUCAUGGUUCUGCUCAAAUUUUUUUCCCUCACCGGAAGCCGAAGGUUUAUUUAAAAUUUUGUGAUCAUCUUCCCGGGAAUUGUGUUCGAAGAAAAAGUAUGAACAAUACUCGUAUUGCUCAGCGUAUAUAUGAUUAGUUGAAGCAAUCGACUUAUCGUUGCCUUCCAAGAAACGAAACCAAAAAAGAAAAGCAAAUGUAUCCAAAGUCGAACUUGUAUUCAAAUUGCGAAAGAAAAUGAAAGCUUCCAUAGAGAGGAAGAGAAUCCGUUUUAUGGUCAUUGUUCAGCGUAUUUCCGAGACUUUUUUCUCAGUCGACAGUCUUUAGAAAAAAUUUUCAAAGCAUGAGCUUUUUAGUCGUGAUACAUGAAAAAAAUAAAAAUUAGGAGAAGGAAAGUUGGCUGUUGAGAAAAAGAGGUUGGUCGAGAUGAACAGAGAUUUUGAAUGGGGCUCAUAGAACAGGAUAUAUUAUUCAUGUCGGUGCUCGGAAAAUAGUUAUUUGUGAAGCAAGUUAUCGUAAUUUAUGUAUUUACGCGAAUGUAGAACGCACUUGAUUGACGUAAAAUGAAAUUGCGUGUGAGAAUCAGUUGAAUCUAAUAUUGGAUUCGAAUUUAAAGUUCUGUUUUUUUUGGGGGGGCGUGAACCGAGAAUGUCCACCGAUUAUUUAUAUGAUUUCAGUAAGUCUUUAAUUCAUUCAAAAUGGUCUGAUGAAGAAAGCUGACAAUUCAGCGUGAGAAAAUUUUUUUCAAGUUUUAAGUAAGUAAUUUAUUCAAUUAUUCAUCUUUUUUUUAGUUGGUUUUAGAAUCAAUGGCGUUUUAUGUUCGCGUGAAUACAGUCGUAUAAGUAUUUCCUGAAAAGAAAGGAAGUUUUCGAUGUUUUUUGCACUUUUCGUUCAUUUUUUGCUGCGUUUUUUAUGGCAAUGUACUAUGCGCUUUUUUUUUAUACCGUAAUUUCUUGGAGAGCUUUUUUCUUGGGGUGGGGGCGGAACUGAAAAUAAUUUUAAGAAACUUGUUCAGCAACAAACAAGUUUUUUUUAUUGAAAUGAAAUUCCAGUGGAGGAAGGCGUUUCGAGAUUUGUUGAGUUGAUCUCGUUUUAAUGGUUACCAUGGCGUUAUACGGUUGUGAUGGGUUGUGAUUUGAGUGUCCGAAGACGAAACCUGUUUGGCAAUUUUUACUCCAUCUUCUCUUCCCUCUGGACGACAUUCUUUUGUGGCUCCGUUGAAUAAAUUAACCGUCGGU